CUUUGCGAAUCCCUGACAGCUGAAACUUCGACCUUGACUUCGGUCGUCAAAGCCGAGGGGAAGUUUCCCAUCUUCCUCGUCCAAGAUUGUGCCGUUGUUUCGAGCCACCGACCGUCAUGUCGAGAUUGAGGCGAAGCAUUUCAAGCGUCUUCCGGGGAAAGAAGGCAGAACCGUCGGCGUCGGGCAGCCUUGGUCCUCUCUGGGAAGACGCAGAAGACGAAACCGUGAUUUCGACGUUGGCCCACGAAGAUGCUCUGCACGAUCAGCAGGUCCAGCAAGCUGUAAUCCAGUCUCUCCGCGACCGAAACAUGACUCUCGAACAAGAACGAAACUCGCAACAAAACUCGCAAACCGCGGUCUUGCACCUGAAAGAGCAGCUGCGUGUGAAAUCCGAAGAACUCCAGAGCCUACAGCGAAGUCUCGCCAACCUCCAGCAUGACAACGCUAAAGUGCGGCAAUUGGAGGUGACAAUAGAAAAUCUAGGACAAAUGAAGAAAAACCUAGAGGAGAGACAUGCCCAGAGGGUUGCCGAACUCCAGGAAAGGCUGAAGGAGUAUCAGGUUUUGUCCGUCAAGAUGGCCGAGACCCACGCUCAAGUGCAAGAGAGGGCCAAGACGCUCGAGGCCGAGAACCUUGCCAUCCUGCAAUCCGCCGAUCGCCCUAUCGUCGAGGUACAACAAGAGAAGAUAAAACUGGAGAAAAAGACGAAGGCUCUGGAGGCAGAAAUUGCCUUGGGGCGAUCCGAGCGCAGGGAAGAAAAGCGAGCUGUUGCCGCCUUGCAAAACCGCAUAGUCAUAGCAGAAGAUCAGAACAAGGAGCUGAUGGAAAGUGCGGCACUCGUCAACCAGGAGUUGGAAGUUGUCAAGGCUGAUUCGGACUCGAAACUGACGCGGAUGGCACAGCGUCUCGAGGAACAGCAGCAGAGGCAUGAUAUAGAAAGGGAGGAAGCGUCUCGAGGCCUGGGAAACGAGCUGACACCUCGAAUAAUCUUGGUCCACAAAAUAUUCUCUCAGAGCUUCCAGGCCGCUACGGUUGGUGAUCGGGCGAACGCAGCCUCGUUUCUGCAGUCGUGCUCUCCGGCAAUGCUGACGAACCAACUCCUCGACAUCCGAUUUGAUACUCAGCAAGCUCGACGCUUCGCUGAGAGCGUCGCUGCCGACGGACUCACAGUCCUUCCCUGCGACCUAUGCCAGCUGCCUAGGUUCGCUCCGAAGCCCGGCGCCCAGCCCCGGCUCCGUGUCAACGAGUUUGCCAGGCCGUCACAGCGGACUAGUUGCUGCUCAAAGUCCAUUUGCACAAAGUGCUACCUGGACGCGCUUACGAAGUCGCUGGUCACGGACUGGUGGACACACUUGGGCAUGGAGAAUUGGAUGGUUUGCCCAACGCCGAGCUGCAACCAGCCUCUCCCAGCCAGCCACCGAGGCGGCCUCGAGAACUUGCUUCGACAAUUGGGCGACAGGGAUACGGAGAAUAACAUGGCCAUGUAUGAUCGCAUCCUGGCUUUCCGGGCUGCCUUGAGCCAGCUGAAUCCUCGGCCGAGCGACGAGGCGUUGGGAAUUGCAUCCGCCUUGCACACCCAACUCGCCUCUCUCGGGCCGAUGCACUCGUUAUUCGAACCUGCGUUUAGGGACACGGAGCCCGACGAGACCGGCCGGGUUCCCGCUUUCAGGCCCGGAAAGAUCUGGAUGAUUAGUGUGGACCACGGCGGCGGUAGCAUCCGAGUCCCACUGUUCGUGCGAUUCUUUCGGCGACAGAGAACGGGCAAAGAGUGUACGGUCUGUACCGACGAGAUCUUUGACGUUGAGUUCGGCUCAGUAGAGGAAUGGCUGGACCUCUGUGCGGGUUUCCAUGGUCAGUGGAUGUGGCACAUCCUGCGAUUCCCGGCGAAGCUGGGGCUGGAGUGCAGCCACGAAAUCGACUUCUGCACCGGCUGCCUCGAGAAGCAUAUAGAUUCGCAGCUUGAGCAAUUUGGAAGGAGCAGAUGCGACCAACUCGCUUGUCUCUCGGAUAGGUGCGGUCGUCGACUGUCGUAUGACGAAGUCCGACUAUACGCCAAACCGAGCACGUUUAAAAAAUACGACCGGUAUCUGAAACUCAACGCGCUGAGUCAGUUGCCCAGCUUCCGAUGGUGCCUUCGGCCGGACUGCUCGAGCGGCCAGCUCUAUGACGACGAUGGACCGCCCGACCCGCGGAUUCACUGCGAGGAGUGCGCCUUCGAGAUGUGCUACCGCCAUUCGAUGCCGUGGCAUGAGGGUCAGACCUGCGAUCAGUUCGACAGCGUGAGACAGCAUGGCGAUCCAGAAUUCCAACAGACGCGAGACUGGAUUGCGCAGAACACCAAGCCAUGUCCGAACUGCAAGGAAAACAUCCAGAAGGGCGAGUACUGCUUCCACAUGACGUGCUCAAGCUGCCAUUUCGAGUUUUGCUGGGAAUGCCUGGCAGAUUGGAACCUCAUUGCUCCGCGGGCCGGCCAUCACAACCAGAACGCGCAUGGUGAAGGCUGCUAUUUCCGCUUGAACGGACUGACGCCAACCCAGCUUUCCGGGGUGAAUCUACAGGAAGCUUUGAGGCGGCGAUGAUGAGUUUCUCCAUGUAGAGAAAGGGACCCAUGAUGAUGAUGCUCGCUGACUGCCUCGGGGACGGCAGACAUAAGGCACUCAGAGCGUAUACGUAACUUAUGAUC